GGCCCUGGCAACACGUCCGAACCUGCUCAAUCGGUCAGUUUUGUUCGUGGCAAAGAGGCUGCAAACCGAGGAUUGCUUCGGGUCCAACGAGAGAUUGCCAUACAGAAGAAGCUUCGCCACCCAAACAUUGUGCAAUUAAUUGAGGUGCUGGAUGACCCUGGCCAUGAAAAUCUUUACUUAGGCAAGUGA